UGUCUUGGACUUUGGCAUAUGCGCAUAAGAAUUAAUGAUGAUAAGGAUUUGAGCCCAUUUCUCCACUUCCCUCUCCCUCUCGUCACUCCCCAACUUUCCCAUCCGUUUUCCUUUUCCUUUUUAGUUUCCGACUAUCCAAACAAAGAAACACUAGACAAAACAAAAAAACCUGAAACCUCUGCAAAAACCCAAAUGAAUCAUCCUCAGCCCCCGCAACCCCAAGACCCAUCGGAUCCCCAACUCCCCCACAUCAGAAUCCACCACCCUAACUCCCCACGCCACCACCCCAACUCUCCACGUCACCACACCUCAUCCGCAGGCUCCGCCGCCACUCCCACCCCCACCGCCGGCGCCCGCCGAAAGCUCGGCGUCGCUGUCGACCUCUCCGACGAGAGCGCCCAUGCCGUCCGCUGGGCUGUCGACCACUACAUCCGUCCCGGAGACGCCGUUGUUCUCCUCCACGUCAGCCCCACCUCCGUCCUAUUCGGCGCCGACUGGGGCUCCGUCGACCUCUCCAUCAAUACCAACGACGACGUUGACUUCGUCGACAAUCAUGCCUUAAACGACUCCGUCAAGCAGAAGAAGCUCGAGAACGACUUUGAUGCCUUCACUGCUUCCAAGGCCGCCGAUCUCGCCAGGCCCUUGAAGGAGGCUCAGAUUCCCUUCAAGAUCCACAUCGUUAAGGACCAUGACAUGAAGGAGAGGUUGUGCUUGGAGGUCGAGAGGCUAGGGCUCAGUGCCGUGAUCAUGGGGAGCCGAGGGGUUGGCGCCGCGAAGCGUGGAAAUGACGGUAGGCUUGGGAGUGUGAGCGAUUAUUGCGUUCAUCACUGUGUUUGCCCUGUUGUUGUUGUACGGUUUCCGGAUGAUGACAAUGGUGCCGGUGCCGGUGCCGGUGCUGGUGGUUCUGCUGUUGCUCCUGCUGCUGUUGUUGCGGUCAAAGAGGAUGACGAGGAAGAAGCCGUGAUCAAGCCAGUGGUAAAGGACGAGCAUAAAAAAGAUGCUUAGUAUGUAUUCCGAGUCGUAGUUGAAUCCUCUCAAGUACAGGUGCUGCUUCGUCUGUGUUCGAUUUUGUGGUGUUUAUGCAGAGUGUGACCAAGUCAACAUGGUUUUAAAUUGUGCAGUUUGUGUAGAUGUCUGAGUCAACUGGGAUUAGCUGACACGUUGAGUCCAGACUGCAUGAGUCAAGACUGCUUUCUCUCCUCUCCGACAGCUUUUUCUCAAACGUAUGAAUUUCUGGGAGGAUUGGAGAUGCUAUUUGUAUGGUGAAUGAGGUUUAUGGGAUUCUGUGAGGCCUUUCCUACUUUGUUCAAUUGCUUUGUGACUCAUUUGUCUCCUUUUAGUUUCAAGGAUGUGCUUGUUGUUGCUUGUUAGUAUGAAAAUUUAAUUAUUAUAUCUUCUUGUGUCUAAUGAUUUUCUCAUCAGAAUUACUAGACAUGUUUAUUAAUUUGUAUGGCUAGACAACCCUAAAUCAUUUGGUAUGAAAAGGUACUUUCUUUUCUACCAUAAUUUGGACCGCGUAAUAUUUUGAAGCCAUUCAUUUUUCUCAUGUCUAUGAUUUAUUCUGACAA